AUGGGGGAACGAGAGAGGUGAGUCAAAAUACUCCAGAGAACCUAUAGUUUUAUGUAAUUUUACAACACAGAAAACCUUUUAGAGUCGUCACUAUUGUGACUUUUUCAAGGACAUAAAUUAACAUUUGAUACUAUGUUUUAAGACAGCUGUACACCUUGUAUUUCUUCACAAUUGUUAAACGUUUCACAUGAAGAAAACGGCGCUGCUAUACAUUUACUUUGCAUUUUAUUGACAGAUUGAAGGAGUUAUUGAGGGCCAAACUGACUGAAUGUGGCUGGAAGGAUCAGAUGAAAGCUCAUUGUAAAGGUAACAGUUGUAGUAAUAUUGUCGGAGCACACAACAUAGAUGAUCAUCGAAUUACUGUGCAAAAGCAAAAACAAUACGAGGCACAGAUAGUCAUGAAAAGAGUCACAUCGUCAAAUGAGAAAUUGAACAACCCUGUAUGAACGAAGGGAGAAAGUAAACACAUUUGUAAUGACAAAUAAAAUUUAGCAACAGCCAGAUAAAGGACAAAUAAGAGAAAACUUGAGUUAGUUUGAUGACCUCUCGUGAAGCUCAUGUUUACUAGGGCCCGACCGAUAUGGAUUUUUUUGGGCCGAUACCGAUUAUUAGGGGGGGAAAAAUCAGAUUACCGAUUAAUCAGACGAUUUUUUAAAAAAAUUAUGAAGUUAUGAAAAAUACAUAUAUACUGUAGAUAUCUACAGUACAGGCUACUGCUAUUCACGCCAACAGGAAGACCGACUGAUCAAACUCGGACCAGAAAAGCACGGUGCCUCCGCGUCUUAACUCUUAACGCAUUUCCGGUCCGGUCUCAUCUGGAGACAUGCAGCUACCUCAGUAAGAGAAGUAGCUCGAUCAGAGAGAAUACUGUCGUUUCUACCAUUACUGGCAGGGCUAACAAUGUAGCAAGGCUAAUAGCAGGUGGCUAACUCUAACUUUAGCUUGCAUAUUACAUGGUGUUUCACUGUUAACUCGGCAUGACGGAGACCAGCACAGCGAGGAACAUGGUGAAGUGGGUUGAACUGAAACUUGUUGACUUAUUGUGUACUUCACAAACUGGUUUAUUUACUGUUGAGGCGGACCACUGUCCUCCGUGCGUCCCUGAGCUGCCUGCUUCAGCUCCGUCACUCUGCUGUGAGGUAGUUAGUGGAUGAAGAUUGUCAUGAGGUCACUGCGCCAUCUACAGGAUAAGUCUGGGAACUUUUCAACUGGCGGAACAUUUUCGAAGUGAAACCGAAUCUUAUUCUCUGCAUUUUAUUUCUGAAAAUGUUGGCGAAAAUCGGCGAGUUUUGGCCGAUUACUGAUUAGUCUCAAACGGGCUAAAAUUGGCCGAUUCAAUUGGCUCGCCAAUAAAUCGGUUGGGCCUUAAUAUUUACAAUCAAUGUUUAAUAUAUAUUUCCUCUGAUUUUUAUGCAUACAUCACUCUAACAAUCACAGCAAUCAUCCAAAGCUUUAAGAGCAAACAACAUUCACAUCAUAGUGCAGCAUUACACAAGCGUUGCAACUGGAUUCAAGAGUUAAUUUAACAAGCAGCUCAGAGCUGUUUUGUCAUUAUAGUAAUUUGAAAACAUUUAAUCCUUUUCUUUUUUCUUCUUCUUCUUUACAGAAGUGAUCAAAGAAAAGGGCUUGGAGCAUGUCACUGUUGAAGACCUGGUGGUAGAGAUCACUCCCAAAGGAAGAGGUAUCUUAACUUGACUGUGUGGUGAAACUGAUUAUGUUGAAGAAAACAUGAUAAACUGCUGUAUUUUUUCACAUUUGUUCUCACACUUCUGAAACGUUACACUUAACAACUUCAAAUCACAAGAUUACAGGGUUAGGAACACUUGCUCUGCAUUUCAGUCAGUGUUAGGUUGAGAUAAAACUCUAGUCUUCAACUCCAGAAAUGGAUUGGGCCAGAGUGUUGCUUUGGAAGUUUUGACAGUUUUUUUGUUGUUUGUUUGUUUGUAUCCAUACAGCAGCUCUUUGAAUAAACCACAGCAUUUUAAUGAAUAUCUCUCUCUCUCUUACAGCUUUGGUCCCAGACAGCGUUAAGAAAGAGCUUCUUCACAGAAUAAGAGCCUUCUUAGCUCAGCACGCCACCUAA